AUGCAAGUUCCGGAGGGACGACCAGUCCGCCGGCAGCCACAAGUGGUCGAAGACGACCAUCUGGACGAUGGCGACUCGGUACUCGAACUUCCAGAGGAGAUUUUUGAUGCAAACGAUCAAGGUCUAGUCGACAACCCGUUGCUGCAUCUCAGACCGGAUCAGCUAGAUGUCUUGAUCAAGCAGUUCCUUGCUCAACACGAUCUCAAGAUGCACCAAGACGUGUUCAUGAAAGCUGGCAAGGCUCUACGAGAUCCAGAGGCCUGGAGCAGUGUCCCAGGUCUGACUAGCAUCGAAAGACACACACUGCAGCACGAGACAGCCACCGGCUUCUGGCAGCAACCAAAGCAGCUGCAGGUCACUAUUAUUACGCUCUGUGUUGCUGCAGUAGUACAGGGCUGGAACCAAACAGGCACUAAUGGGGCCAAUCUGAAUUGGCCGCAACAGUUCGGGUUGAACCUCCCAGGAUGCGACCCCAAAGGACCAGACGCUUGGAUCUUCGCAGUUGUCAAUGCUGCGACGUACUUAUCGGCCAGCUUAGUCGGCUGCUGGCUGUCGGAUCCACUGAACGAGUAUUUCUUUGGUCGAAGAGCAGCUAUAUGUGUAUCAGCUCUCGUAAUCCUUGCAUCGAUCAUCGGUGGUGCUUGUACACGAACCUGGCAAGAGCUCUUGGCUUGUCGUAUACUUCUCGGCAUCGGCAUGGGUUGCAAAGCUUCUGUCGUGCCAGUCUUCGCUGCUGAAGUAGCGCCUGCUCAUAUCAGAGGAUCACUGGUGAUGAAUUGGCAACUGGUGAAGACUUCUUUCGACGCUUUCGGCAUCCUGCUUGGCUUUUCGGCGAAUCUGGCGGUAUCGCAAGUCGGUCGCACUGCAUGGCGAUGGCAGAUUGCCAGCAGCGUACUACCCGUGAUCGUACUACUCAGCCUGAUCUACGUCUGUCCGGAGUCGCCACGAUUCGAGAUCAAACGAGGAAGGUACCACACAGCAUAUCAAAACUUGAUAUUGCUGCGCUUUCACCCCAUCCUGGCCGCGAAGGAACUCUUAUACAUCCACUUUCAGUCUCAGGUCGAGUCGCGUUUCAUAGGUCCCAGGAAGCACACCGUCGUUAGUCCCGAUCAGCCGCAAGGCACAGAGGAGAAGGCACUGGAGAGACAUAGGCGUCGUGCAAUGUGGCGCCGACCUGCAGCCUCUGUCAACUAUUGGGAGAAGCUCUACCAUUUGUUCACGGUCAAGAGAAAUCGCCGCGCUCUCGUCGCCGCAGUCGUCUGCAUGGUGAGCCAACAGCUCUGUGGUACGAACGUGUUGCAGUUUUUCUCUUCAACUUUCUACUGCGACGCUCAUGCACAAGAUCAGUCUGGGAAUUUUGUGUCAAAUCAGUCUUAUCUGCAACCUCUCUGGCUGUCGUGGGGCAUUGGCUUAUCCAACUUCUUGUUCGCCUUUCCGGCAUACUACUUCAUUGACAGGAAAGGCCGUCGCUGGCUCUUACUGGUCACCAUACCGUUGAUGGCAAUAACGAUGUUGGCGGCAGGAUUGAGCUUCUUGAUCCCAGCCACGGAAGCGGCGCACACACCCGUAAUCGCAUUCUGGACAUUCUUGUUUAUGGUCUUCUACUCAGUUGGAAUGGGACCGGUGCCUUUCACGCUAUCGGCUGAAGUCUUCCCACUGGAGAGCCGAGUCGUGGGCAUGUCCUUCGCCGUGUUCACCAAUCUCUUCGGCGCCGGCCUGCUUGCGCUAUUCGUGCCGGCCCUCACAAAUGCAGUCGGCCAUCCUGGUCUUCUCGGAAUCUUCGCGGGACUCAACGUGGUCGCAUUCGUGCUUGUGUUCUUUUUCGUACGCGAAACCGCCGGAGCAGCAGUUGGCGGCCAUGAUUUCGGUACCAUGGUGUCGGUUUCACUUGAGGAGCUGAAUUACAUUUUCGGGGUGUCGACAAGGAAGCAUGCUAUCUACCAGUGGCGCACUGUCUUACCAUGGGCAUGGAGGUAUUAUAUCAUCCGAGACAAGAGCUGCCAGGAUCAGCCAGACAAGCUCUACACUUGGGCGACUGCCAGAGAUCAACAGCAAGAGUUGCAAGAGGUACCGAAAACUGUUUGA